AUGUCUGGCAGCGCCGCACCCGCAGGUCCUCGACGAUUUAUCAAACCUGGCACAGUUGUUAUGUGCUUGCGAGGGCGACAAGCUGGAAAGAAGGCUGUUAUUCUGAAGACCCAUGAGAGUGGAAUUGGUGGAAAGAAGUUUCCCUGUGCAACAGUUGUCGGAAUUCAAAGACCGCCACGACAGGUCAAGAGAGGAAUGAGUCAAAGUGUGAUCAAAAAGAAGCAGAAGGUUGGAGUUUUCUUCAAGCAUGUGAACUACUCUCAUUUCAUGCCUACUAGAUACACGUUCACAAAUGCCAUGCAGAUGGUCAACGUGUCGGAAGUUGAAGAAUUGCUCAAAAAGGAUGUGGCGAAGACCGAAAAGAAAGCAAAAAAGAGGGAAGUUGGAAAGGCAUUCCAGGAACAUGUGCUCAAAUCAGCCGGGACGACCGAGAAAGCUGCUGGAGCUAAAUGGUUUCUGACAAAGCUGAAGUUUUAA